AUGGCUGAGAAGGGCAGACGCGGGGCUUUGGUGGUGGUGGAAGGGCUGGACCGCGCGGGAAAGUCCAGCCAGUGCGAGCUGCUCUAUCGCAGCCUGCUAGCCCUGAACUACAAGACCAAGUACAUUCGGUUUCCAGAAAAAGACCGAAGCACACCCAUUGGCAAACAGAUUGAUAGCUACCUGCGCGGUCAGUCGCAACUAGAUGACCAUUCCAUACAUUUGCUCUUCUCUGCCAACCGGUGGGAGGUGGCACAGAGCAUCCAAGACGACAUCGCCGACGGCGUCACGGUGAUUGUAGACCGGUAUUCAUACUCCGGAGCCGUGUACUCUGCUUCCAAGGGCAAUCCAAACUUGUCGCUCCACUGGGCAUGGCAGCCGGAGGUUGGACUGCCUCGUCCGGACCUUUGUCUGUUCCUGAGUAUUUCCCCCGAAGACGCCGCCAAGAGGGGGGGCUACGGUGUUGAGCGAUACGAGACCGACUGUAUGCAGCGACGGGUGAGAGAUUUGUUCCUCUCAUUGCUGGAUCUUCCACAUAAUGACGAGAUCUGUGUCAUUGAUGCCGGAAGGCCUGUCGACGAGGUUGCACAAGAUAUCCUCGAACCGGUCCUUGAGUGCAUGAAGAAUGUCGACUCAAUAGGCCCUUUGAAAAAGCUUGGGCCAUGGACAUUUGUUCCCACGGGGGAUAGCCCAUCUGCCCGAUAA